AUGAGCGAUUGCAUGCUAGCAGAAAGGAAGGCUCACCCGCCCGUUCCAGGCACCCAGGAAAUCAUACUGUGGAUGGGCGACCUCCUCAAUCCUCUGCACAUGCUGCCUCUGUACCCUGGGAAGUUCUUUCCUUCACUCACAUCCGUGUUGACCAUAUCAAAGUUUGACAGACCUGUCAGAGUGUAUGCAGAUGGGAUAUUUGACCUCUUCCAUUCUGGCCAUGCUAGAGCUCUUAUGCAAGCCAAAACUCUAUUCCCAAAUAGCUACCUAUUAGUAGGAGUUUGCAGUGAUGAUUUAACUCAUAAAUUCAAAGGCUUCACUGUGAUGAAUGAAACUGAGCGAUACGAAGCCCUCAGACACUGCCGCUAUGUAGAUGAGGUCAUCAGAGAUGCACCCUGGACACUGACACCUGAGUUCCUUGAAAAGCACAAGAUUGACUUUGUAGCCCAUGAUGAUAUCCCAUACUCCUCCGCUGGCUCGGAUGAUGUAUACAAACAUAUAAAAGAGGCAGGAAUGUUCGUUCCCACACAGAGAACCGAAGGGAUCUCGACAUCAGAUAUCAUCACACGGAUUGUCCGGGAUUAUGAUGUUUAUGCUCGACGCAACCUCCAGCGAGGAUACACAGCCAAAGAGCUGAAUGUUAGUUUUAUAAAUGAGAAGAAAUACCGCUUUCAAAACCAAGUGGACAAAAUGAAAGAAAAAGUCAAGAACGUAGAGGAAAAAUCAAAAGAAUUUGUUAACAAGGUGGAGGAGAAGAGCCAUGACCUCAUUCAGAAAUGGGAAGAAAAGUCCAGGGAAUUUAUUGGCAACUUUUUAGAGCUGUUUGGACCAGACGGAGCUUGGAAGCAGAUGUUCCAGGAGCGGAGCGGGCGGAUGCUCCAGGCUUUCUCCCCAAGGCAGAGCCCAACCAGCAGCCCGACGCGAGGCCGCUCGCCCUCCCGUUCUCCGUCUCCACCUUUUCCUUGGCUCUUCAAUAAAGCCUCUCCUCCCUCCUCUCCAAAAGCUGCCUCCGCCUCCCUCAGCAGCAUGAGCGAGGGAGACGAGGAUGAAAAGUAAAAUGAGAAUAUAUAUUUUUUAACCAUGGGACAGAAGAACAAGCUAUGAACUCAACCAGUGGAUGGGGAGGAGAGGUGCAAGGAACAGCUGGGGUAUCUCUGAUGGCCGGGAAGGCGCUCUGGGAGAAGGUGUCACACCCGGAGCGGAGCACGGCCCGGGACGGGAU